GAAAAAAUUGGUGGCCCUGCGCGGAAUAGCCGCACCAGCCCCACGCGCCUAGCAACCCUAGAGCUCCGGCUAGGAGAAGUAAUUAAAAAGAAAGUUUUCCAGCCCAAGCGAACAGACCAAACAGGUCCUCCAGGCUCUCUGGACGCGGCCUCCUCCUCUUCCCUCCGCUCCCCGCGGGGUCCUAGCGCCCGGCGCUACUGAGCCCGUGGGACUCUGAAGUGCUGCGAGAGGCGGAGCGGUACGUCUGCAUGGAAUCGGUGGGGUAUCCUGGAGAUCAGAGAUAAAGACGCAAAGUCACCUCGCUCCGGGCUUGGCGGUGCGGUGGUGUACGCUAGGCCUUACCUCCAAAACUGUUCCCUGCCGCUCCCCACCCCGUUCCCGGCCCCUUGUCCACGCCGCGGCUUUCCAAAGACCCUGAUCCUGGACAGGACUGAUUCUAGCUUUUAAAGCAAGUCCGCGUCACAGUAGCUCAGAGAUGAAGACUUGCCCUCCACCAACCCCCGACGCGGCGGCUGGGUGCUGUUGGGCUCCCCUGGCAGUUGGCUGGAAGUGAGUGUCCUGAGGAGGUUAGAAAAGGGGGGCCCGCCGCCGACCACGUGUGCGUGGGGGCGACAACUCGGCCGAGAGUGGGGCAUGGCUCGCGGAUCACAGCUCUGCUCCUGGCGCUGGAGGCAUGAGGUAUUGUGUUGCGGCCUCUCUCGCCAGCGCUGCUCUCCUGCCCCACUCACGGUCCCCUCCGGAAGGCAGGCGCUAAGACCCAGGAGGCGCCGCUCGCCGUCGCCAGUAGUCAGACACUAGAGGGCGACCGCUACCCUUAGUAUAAAUGCGGGGCCCGCGCGGGCCUGGCCAUUCGCGACCCGGAGCUGCUGGGGCGCAAGCUAGUAGGGGCUCUUGGUGGGCGGCGGCAGCAGCGGCGCCCCGCGCAGCCUGGAGGCCGCCGAGGCUCGCCAUGCCGGGAGGACUCUAGCUCCCCCAUGGAGUCGGCCGACUUCUACGAGACGGAGCCGCGGCCCCCGAUGAGCAGCCACCUCCAGAGCCCCCAGCACGCGCCCAGCAGCGCCGCCUUUGGCUUUCCGCGGGGCGCUGGCUCCGCGCAGCCCCCAGCCCCACCUGCCGCCCCGGAGCCACUGGGCGGCAUCUGCGAACACGAGACGUCCAUCGACAUCAGCGCCUACAUCGACCCGGCCGCCUUCAACGACGAGUUUCUGGCCGACUUGUUCCAGCACAGCCGGCAGCAAGAGAAGGCCAAGGCGGCCGCGGCCCCCGCGGGAGGCGGCGGCGGCGACUUUGACUACCCGGGUGUCCCAGUGGGCCCCGGAGGCGCCGUUAUGCCCGGGGGAGCGCACGGCCCCCCUCCCGGCUACGGCUGCACGGCGGCCGGCUACCUGGACGGCAGGCUGGAGCCCCUGUACGAGCGCGUCGCGGCGCCGGCGCUGCGGCCGCUGGUAAUCAAGCAGGAACCGCGCGAGGAGGACGAGGCAAAGCAGCUGGCGCUGGCCGGCCUCUUCCCCUACCAGCCGCCGCCGCCGCCGCCACCCCACCCGCACCCGCCGCCCUCGCACCUGGCUGCUCCGCACCUGCAGUUUCAGAUCGCGCACUGCGGCCAGACCACCAUGCACCUGCAGCCCGGCCACCCCACGCCACCGCCCACGCCAGUGCCCAGCCCGCACCCAGCCCCCGCGCUUGGCGCCUCUGGCCUGCCGGGCCCCGGCGGCGCGCUCAAGGGGCUGGCCGCUGCGCACCCCGACCUCCGCGCGGGCGGCGGCGGCGGCGCGGGCAAAGCCAAGAAGUCGGUGGACAAGAACAGCAACGAGUACCGGGUGCGGCGCGAGCGCAACAACAUCGCGGUGCGCAAGAGCCGGGACAAGGCCAAGCAGCGCAACGUGGAGACGCAGCAGAAGGUGCUGGAGCUGACCAGUGACAAUGACCGCCUGCGCAAGCGGGUGGAACAACUGAGCCGCGAACUGGACACACUGCGGGGCAUCUUCCGCCAGCUGCCCGAGAGCUCCCUGGUCAAGGCCAUGGGCAACUGCGCGUGAGGCGCGCCGCGGCGGGACCGCCCUGGGCUGGCCCUUGGCUGGGACCCAGAGAGUGGUUUCGGGUCUCCGAAUCUCAAGACUGCCCCAGCCGCGAAAGCCAGGACUAGGAGAUUCCGAUGCCAUAUGAAAGCCUGCCCUGUCGCGCAUGCCCCUUGCCUUCUUCUGCGUGGGACACGGUGCGUCUAAGAUGAGGGGUCAGGCAGUGGUUUCUCCCUGCAAGAGAGGAGAAGCGCGGUAGGGCCGAGCCGGGAGCCCGGCGACUCUAGUAUUAAGGAAUAUUCUUGUGCCUUGGAAAUGCAAAUUUGCAAACUUACCGCUCCGAUUCCUACCAAGUAGGGGGAGCAAAUAUGUGCCUUGUCAUUUUAUUUGGAGGGUUCCUGCCUCGUCCAGAGGCUGCAAGGCUGCAGCAGGCCCCCAUGAGAGAAGGAGGAGUGCAGGCCCCCAGCAGAAGGAAAUUUAAGGGAGCAGAGAUCCGACAAGCCAGCCCCAGCUGCUGCUCAGCGCCUGUCCUUGGAGGGGAGGAAACACAGGGAUCUGGGGCUUUGAACCUAAGGUCGUUCCCCUAGUUCCACAUGAAGGUGGAGGGUCUCUAGUUCCUUGCCUCUCACCUCCCAGCCUGCAACAGGUUGGGCUUCCAGGGCAGAACUUCCUGAGAUGGGGGUCACCAAGAGACCCAUGGGAGCUCCCACCCCCAGUCAGACCAGAAAGCCAGGUGUGGGUUAGCUAUAAGGACAUAUGUUCAUGGGAGUGUUGGUCUGGUGGAAGAGGGGAACUAGAGGUCCUGCGGUCUGGGGAUUGGGGAAGGGGUGAAGGGACACUGGGACCAUCAGCCAUGUCUGUACUAUAUGUCGCCAGCAUUGGCAUACAAACAUGAAGCACAGUCAGUCCAUCCCAGAGGGACCCAAGUUAUGAACAGCUUUCCAAAUAUUUUGCUUUAUCAGCCGAUAUCAACACUUGUAUCUGGCCUCUCCAUGUCCCAGUGGUGCCUUGUGCAAUGUGGAUGUGCACGUCUCUGCUAAACCACCAUUUUCUUUGGUUUUUGUUUUGUUUUGGUUUUGCUCAGAUACUUGCCAAAAUGAGACUCUUCGUCAGCAGCUGCAGGGAGGGUCUGUGGCUCUCUUUCCUUUUGGUUUUGGGAUUGCUUUUGCUCCCAGGGGAACCAAAGAGGCGAGGUGGGCUUCCUCUUUCCCCUCAGCUUUCCCUGGGGGUGGCUGUGGGCCUCAGUCCCCUCCAGCCCCAGGCUGCCCACAGGCUUGUCCCUGCAGAGGCCCUGGCUCCAGGUCUGGAAGGGAGGCAGCCUCCAGCCAGCAGACACAGAUCACUGGGCCUGGGAACAGGGAAGGAGGGCUUGAUUCUCUUCUUUUGGGGAGAACGUGGAGUUUCAUGCUAGAUGUUUUGUGUAUUAUAUCUAUAAUAUAAACAUAUCAAAGUAAA